GGUUGAAGUAGCAUGGUACAGAGACGGAGCCUUGUCCGAUUCAAUUCCAUCAGUAGAGCGCUAGGCGCGGUACUGAGGUUGUAUACUGUCGCUAGACAGAGUGCGGAGCGUGGUAGCGGCAGUUACGGAGGACUUUUGUGAAUUUUCUGAUUCGGAACAUGAACUUCAUAUCAACCAGACAUCGGCCCAGGUAGUCAGCUAGACACGUUAAGCAUUAAAAGUGAACAGAGCAAACGGUAAUUGCAAAGGUUUUCAUGCAUACCUUCAAAUGACUGAGGGCGGUGCUUCUCAUAAGACAAUUUAAUAUCUGUCAUAUUUCAAAACUGUUUCGCUGAAGUCCUGGAAUUUGUUCAUUCUCUGAAGUCCUGGAAUUUGUUCAUUCUCUAUCCAUCCCCCCCCUUUUUUUACCUUCCCCUUCUAUUCGUCAAGUGUGAGACUCCUAAAGAUUUCAAUUGCAGCUGCUGCAAGGCAGUAGGUCUUUGAAACAGCAUUUGAUAGCCACUGGACUUGCCUCAUCGCGGAGUUUUUGACUCCUCAUCAUGGGGUAUAGUGUACAAACUGCAAGAAGUGGAAGAAGAGGAGUCACAGGAUACUUACUGCAGAUGAUCACCAUAUCUUUCGUUUUGCUAAUUGCCCUCGUGGAUAUCGGAGCUGCUCAAGUGAGAGAUGAUGAUGACUACAUGGGAUUGGGUGAUCUCCCAGAGACCUUCCCCUCGGACCCCCCGGAGCCCCUCCCAGUGUUCCUGAUGGAGCCCGAGGAGGCGUACAUCGUCAAGAACAAACCUGUCAAUCUCUACUGCAAGGCCACGCCCGCCACACAGAUCUACUUCAAGUGUAACAGCGAGUGGGUCCACCAGAAAGAACACACCGUGGAGGAGAGGGUGGACGAGAACUCUGGGUUGGUGGUGCGAGAAGCCAGUAUUGAGAUCACAAGGCAGCAAGUGGAGGAGUUGUUUGGGCCAGAGGACUUCUGGUGUCAGUGUGUAGCCUGGAGCUCUGCAGGGACCACCAAGAGCCGCAAGGCCCACGUCCGCAUCGCCUAUCUCAGGAAGACGUUUGACCAGGAGCCCCUGGGAAAGGAAGUGUCUCUGGAACAGGAAGUUCUUCUUCAGUGCCGCCCACCAGAAGGGAUCCCUGCUGCUGAGGUGGAGUGGCUGAAGAACGAGGAGAUCAUAGACCCUGCUGAUGACCGUAACUUCUACAUCACCAUCGACCAUAACCUGAUCAUCAAACAGGCCAGACUGUCUGACACCGCUAAUUACACCUGUGUCGCCAAGAACAUCGUCGCCAAGAGACGCAGUACCACGGCAACAGUCAUCGUCUACGUGAAUGGCGCCUGGUCAACAUGGACAGAGUGGACGGUGUGUAACAGUCGCUGUGGCCGUGGCUACCAGAAGCGCACGCGGAGCUGCACCAACCCAGCACCGCUCAACGGGGGUGCCAUCUGUGACGGGCAAGGCAUUCAGAAGCUGGCAUGCAACCCACUGUGCCCAGUGGAUGGUCUGUGGACAGAGUGGAGUAAAUGGUCCACGUGUGGGACAGAGUGUACCCACUGGAGGAGGAGGGAGUGCAGGCCCGGUGCCCAAAAACGGGGGAAGGACUGUGAGGGCAUGGUGCUUCAGUCCAAGAACUGCACCGAUGGCCUGUGUAUGCAGACUGCCCCCAGUACAGAUGACGUUGCGCUGUACGUUGGCGUCGUCAUCGCUGUGAUCAUGUGUCUGGUCAUCUCCGUCAUCGUGGCGCUGUUCGUCUACAGGAAGAACCACCGCGACUUUGACUCUGACAUCAUAGACACCUCGGCCCUCAACGGGGGCUUCCAGCCCGUCAGCAUCAAGACGGCCCGAACAGCUGACAUCCUGACAGCACCCCCUGACCUGACCUCUGCGGCAGCCAUGUACCGUGGACCCGUCUACGCCCUCCACGACGUAGCCGACAAGAUCCCCAUGACCAACUCCCCCCUCCUGGACCCCCUGCCCAACCUGAAGAUCAAGGUCUACAACUCCUCUGGUCUGGUCACCCCCUCCGAGGACCUGUCUGACUUCUCCCCCAAGCUGCCCCGUUGCCUGCUGGAUGGGGACACCAUGGGGAGGAGGACCCAAACCCAGACUUUGCACCGUACUGGUACCAGGGACCCCUCCUGUACCGCCCUGGGCUCCUUCAACUCUCUAGGGGGGCACCUCAUCGUCCCCAACUCAGGGGUGAGUCUGCUAGUUCCAGCAGGAGCCGUCCCUCAGGGGAGAGUCUAUGAGAUGUACGUGACCGUCCACAGGAAGGACAGCAUGAGGCCCCCAGUCGAUGACUGUCAGACAGUGCUAAGCCCAGUGGUGAGCUGUGGCCCCCCAGGGGCUCUCCUGACACGCCCAGUCAUCAUCACCAUGCACCACUGUGCUGAGGCCGACAGUGGAUCAGCCGAGGAUUGGCUGAUUCAGCUCAAGACCCAAUCACAGCAGGCCCAGUGGGAGGAGGUAGUGGUGGUAGGAGAGGAGAACUUCACCACUCCCUGUUACAUCCAGAUGGAUGAGGAGGCGUGUCACAUCCUGACAGAGACCCUAGGGACCUACUGCCUGGUGGGCCAGUCCUGCAGCGCAGCCACCACCAAGCGGCUCAAGUUGGCCAUCUUCGGCCCCGUCACUUGCCCUGCUCUGGAGUACCACAUUAGAGUCUACUGCCUGGACGACACACAGGACUCACUCAAAGAGGUCCUACAGAUGGAGAAGCAGAUGGGAGGGAAACUGCUGGACGAACCAAAGACCCUCAACUUCAAGGACAGCACCCACAACCUGCGACUGUCCAUCCACGACGUCCCACACACACUGUGGAAGAGCAAGCUACUAGCCAAGUAUCAGGAGUUGUCGUUCCAGCAGGUGUGGUCUGGGUCCCAGAGGAACCUCCACUGUACCUUCACCCUGGAGAGGUUCUGUCCCAGCACCGUAGACCUGGUCUGUAAACUGUGUGUCCGACAGGUGGAGGGGGAGGGACAGAUCUUCCAGCUGGACACCACCCUCUCAGAGGACACCCAGAGCAUCGACACGUCCCUGCUGGACCCAGCCAGUAACAUCACAACCCUGGUGGGGCCCAAUGCCUUCCGCAUCCCCCUCUCCAUCAGACAGAAGCUCUGUGGCAGCCUGGACGCACCACAGACCAGAGGCAACGACUGGAGGAUGCUGGCACACAAACUGAACCUGGACAGGUAUCUGAACUACUUUGCCACUAAGUCCAGUCCUACUGGGGUGAUUUUAGACCUGUGGGAGGCACAACACUUCCCAGACGGGAACCUUAGCCGCCUAGCUGCCGUGCUGGAGGAGAUGGGUCGCCAUGAGAACCUCAUGCCCAUGGCAAUGGACCACUGACACCUGUCCGUCAAAGAACAGGAAAUUCCAGGGAAGAGUGAGAGAUGAGUCAGGGAGAGAAGGCGAGAGAGUAAGAGCGGCAAUCUGUUAGCUGACAUGCAGAACAGGCAGAGGCCGCCAUUUUUUCAAUCAGGGAACACACAGACAUAGUGACACACACACACACGUA